AUGAAGGGCACCACAUCGUUCCCGCAGCCCUCGCCGCCUCCAGGAGAUAUGACCUACUACAUGACGGCGCUUUCCCAAUACAGCUCGCUGGCUGCAUGCGCGCAGUCAGGGUUUUCAGAUGCCAUCUACUCGCUCACGAGAUAUCAGUGCCCGACAGGGCCUCAGGCCUUGGCAUCUUGUAUGUGCUUGAAAGACGGAGUGACCAACAUCGUCAUGACCACGGUGACAUCAGAUAUCAAAUGGUACUGCUCCUCCACAGCUACGGAUGAUGUAUCUUCUGCGGUCGCCGUGCUGGAUUACUAUUGCAAGGCUGCUAGGAAUGAGGUGGUGGCCACCGUCGCUGAGUCAAUUGCCCAGACAUAUCCAACAGCACAAGCUGGCACAGGGUCAGGGACUUCGGGAGCCGAAGCUACUGCCACUGGCUCGUCGGGUACCUCUGGUGACAGCACGGAUACCAGCCGCAAAUCAAAAUCCAGCAUUCCAAGCCUUGCAGCCAUCAUUGGAGGCGUCAUUGCCGUCGUUGGUGCCCUGUCUAUUGCCGGUCUUGUUGCCUUCAUCAUCUACCGUCGUCGGAAGAAGAACGAGGCCGGAUUCCCGCUUUCAGGGACUGCUGGCCCUCCAGAAAUGACGGGCAAACCCGAGCUAGGCGGCACGAUGCUGUCCGAGCUGCCGCCCAAAAGUCCUCAGAUGAGCGUCUCUUACACGACGGGAUCUCCACAUCCAGACACGAUAUCGCCUGCGUCCAAUGGUGGCGGUGUAUGGGCUCCAUCCCCAACCGGCGUGGAACUCCACGGCCAGACAAGAUUGUCGUCUGAGAUGCCAGCCAACUCCAAUGGUCAGCUACAGCCUGCGGGUCAAUAUCUGCCGUCAGAGCUGCAUGGUCAGCAGGGCCAACCUGGAUACGUGCAGCAGCAACCGUAUGGCCAGAGCUUGCCACUACCACCUGAGCUCCAAAGCAGCUACUCCCAGCCACAGGUGCAGAGUACCCUAGCAGAGGCUCAUGGACAACCCAUUCACCAAAUGCCGAGUGGACCACCGGCGAUAUAUCAACGGCAAGGACAAGAUAGGGCAGAGCUUCAAGGAAUGGGAUGGCAUGCCGGCCCAACGCCAGGAUACUCUGAAAUGGAUGGAGGGCAGCAGCGACGAUAA